AUGAACACUCUUUGCUAUGAUGCACAAAACGUUCGUAAAUGUUGUGAUCCCUUCAAACAACAUCGAAAACCUUGUAGAAAAAGUCUUCGAAAAGCAACAGAGGCGCUUGCAAUAAAAUCAUCUCAUAAUGUAAAACCAGGAGAAAUGUUUUGCAUUUCUUGUCGAAUGAAAAUAGGCAAACUAUCUCCAUCAAAUUCAACUUCACAACCACCACCCGCACCGCCAUCCUCGUCUUCAUCAUCUGAAAAUGUCGUAACCGGCGAGUCGUUGAAUCAAAUAUUUUUGGCUGCCGGCUGUUCACCUUUAAGAAUAAGAAAAAUAAGCUCAAGUAACAAAGUACCGUACAUGAAGAAAAAAGUUCGCAAUGCAGUAGAGUUGUUAUGCAAAAAAUCAGCCAGGUUGGUUGAAAAGGAUAAAAAUAUUUUUCAAACACCAAAAAAAGUUUUGAAUUGUAAACAUUGCGAUGGUUUCAAAAAUAUUAUGGAGGAAUUAAAAGUAAAAUUUUUUUCAAGCGAUUAUCGUCACAGACAACAAAUUUUAACUCUAGUCCCACCAUCAUGGACCCUCUCAAGAACUGCUUCAUUUUUUUCAUGUUCAAAACAUCUUGUUAUUAAAAGUAGGAAAUUGAAAAGAGAAUCAGGCAUUUUAUCACUACCACAUAAGAAAAAAGGUAAAACUAUUGACGAGCACACAACACAAUCUGUAAUCGAUUUCUACAAUCAACAAGAAAUUUCUAUCUGCUGCCCUGGAAAGAAAGAUUUUGUCACUGUUACAGAAGGUCAGCAAAAAGUAUACCAUCAGAAAAAAAUUUUACUUGCAAAUAUUAAAGAAAUUUAUUUUGAAUUCGUUAAACAAAAGAAUUUAAAAAUUGGUUUUUCAACUUUUUUCAAACUGCGUCCACCAUGGUGUGUAACUGUUUCAUCGCCUGGAGCACAUCGAGUGUGCAUCUGUGAAUAUCAUCAAAAUAUCAAACUUAUGCUUGAAAGUGUGCCAUUAAAUCAUUGCUACAAAUUUUGGCUGGAAAAAUUAGUGUGCAAUAUAAAUUCAAGAGAAUGUAUGUUACACAGAUGUGAGGAAUGCCCAGGAAAACUGAGCGUCGAAAAUAACUUAAGAGCGAUUUUCGAAGAAGCUGGAAUUUCAAUUGACAACACAAUCAGUUUUUAUCAAUGGUCCCAUGAUGAUAAUCGCAGUUCAUUGAUUUCCGUACAGGAUACAGUUGACAGUUUCAUUGAAAGAUUUUCGCAAAAACUUGACGAGUUGUCAUCGCAUCAUUACAUAAGCAAAGAACAAUCGAAAUAUCUUAGCGAUUCUAAAGAAAAUUUAAAAAAUUCGGAGUGUAUUGCUUUAAUGGAUUUUGCUGAAAAUUAUUCGGUGAUAAUACAGGAUGCAAUCCAGAGUCAUCAUUGGAGCAACACGCAAGUUACUCUUCACCCAAUUGUUCUUUAUUACAGAGACGAUGAAAACUUAUCUGUCAAAAGCGUUUGCAUGAUUAGCGACUGUCUCGAUCACAAUGUUUCCGCUGUUUAUGCUUUUCAAAAACAUUUAAUUAACUAUGUAAAACAAAACCUGAAAAACGUUACUUUAAUUAAAUAUUUUUCUGAUGGUGCGGUAAGUCAAUACAAAAAUUACAAAAAUUUUUCUAAUUUAAUUCAUCAUAAAGAGGAUUUUGGAUUAAAAGCAGAAUGGCACUUUUUUGCAACUUCUCAUGGAAAAAGUCCUUGCGAUGGAAUUGGAGGGACAACAAAAAGAUUGGUUGCAAGAGCAAGUUUGCAGGCAUCAACAAAAGAUCAGAUAUUGAACGCCAGAGAUUUUUACACAUACGCUGAUGCGAAAAUAAAUGGUAUUAAAUUUUUUUGGGUAGACAAAAAACAAAUUAAAGAUCUGCUAGGAAUGCUUGAAAAAAGAUUUAGGUCAGCAGAUAAAAUAAAGGGUUGUCGAAGUCAUCACUCAUUUAUUCCAGACAAAAAUGAUCAACUUUUGAUGAAACGUUUGUCUUCGGAUUUAUUUGGAUACAAUUUUAAUAAAAAUGAAAGUGAAGACAACAAUGAUGAUUACGAGCCGGGUCGAUUUGUAGCUUUGGUCUAUGAUAAGAAAUGGUAUUUAGGAAACAUUAUAGAAAGAGAUGAUAAAAAUGAUGAUUUAAAAGUUAACUGUCUGAAGAAAUUUAAAGAAAAUAUUUUUUAUUGGCCUAAAAAUGUAGAUAUUUGCUAUGUACCAUUUAAACAUAUUUUGAUUCUUAUACCUGAUGAUAACAUUUCUUAUGUUGGAAAAAUUUACAUAACUCUUCCUGAAACUGUUUUUGAACACAUUAGCACGUUGUAUAAUAAUUUUAAAUUGAAAAAAAUAAAAAAAAUUGACACUUGA